AUGGUAAACCCAGCUAUGCUGCCAAUCACCUUUUCUGCCGUGGGAAAUAUUAUUUCUUCCCAUUCUCCACUCCCGUUAUCUCACACCUCUCCCUCCUUCGAUAAUCUUGUCCCCGCUACUGCAUAUGCUGUUUUCAUAAAUCACCGCGGGAAGGAUACAAAAGAGUCUUUGGCAAGUUUAGUGUAUCGUAAUCUUCAUAAUAGAGGAUUUAAAGUGUUUAUGGACAAAAGUUGUCUACGAGCGGGACAAUACAUACCCCAAGCUAUCACCUGUGCAAUAAGGAGUGCUUCUGUUCAUGUUGUAAUCCUCUCUCCCAACUAUGGACAAUCUGAGUGGUGUUUGGAUGAGCUAUUUUUUAUCGUUCAAACUGGGGGUCCAAUUAUCCCCGUGUUUUGGCAAAUUCGACCCUGUGAGGUCCGAAUGGAGGACAAGAAUGGAGUGUACGCGAAAGCUUUCCGAGAGCAUAAGCGGGCUGGAAAGUUCAAUAGUCGAACGCUUGAGAAAUGGAAAGCUGCUCUGCGAAGGAUUUCACUACCGGAAGGUUUUAUUCUUGAUGGUGAGCAAGGAGAGAUGGUGAAGAAAAUCACAGCAUCUGUGGCAGCAUUUAUUGAAAUGGCAAAAUACCAAGAAAAAGCAUUUGGAGGGGCCACUUAA